AGCAGGCUUCUCUCGCUGGAACCAUCGGGAGGAAAAACAACGACCGGCUAUUGUCUUUUAAUCUGUCAAUCAUCUAAGAAUAAAGUUGACAUCACAGGGUCCCUUAAUCAAACAGAGCAUUCUUGCUGCCAAGCCGGGGACCUUAAAGCCUGUGUGACUUGCUCGGGGACUUUGGAGACGGGACGAGGCUGUUCUCCGGAUCUGAGGAGCUGCUGGAAACGCGGCUGCUGUUGCCGCUGUGUGUGUUGGGACGCAGAUCUUUACGUGGUCUCUGCCCGCCGUGUAACACCGCUCGAUUCCUCUCAAAGUUGCAGGAGGGCACACGUCAAUCAAGAUUCUCUUCUGUUUCUCGGAGUCAACUCACUGUGUGUGGAGUCAGACCGGCACAGGAUUCCCGUCUCAACUGACCAGGACUGCACUGCCGCCAAAUCGGACAGCUUGAGAUUCUUAUCCCGAAAGAAACUGGACAAUCUCAUGCUCCCAUCAUUCCUGCCUGUGACUUCCAUGAGAUUCAGCAGCGCCAGGCAGAACUGGCCUGGACCGCUGACUUUCAACUUCACAUAAGAACAACAAGGACACGAUCCAAGUUCCACGGACAGAAACAAAGACUGUCACCUCCUUCAAGGACCCAGACGAAGCCUUGUUGGUCUUGGAGUAGCGGUCGUGGCCCUCGCCAACAGCCAUGCAGGUGUCCUUUGCGUGUACGGACCACGGGCUGAAGGCGCCGCGUAAUGGCGAGCACAGCAAGCAGAACGCCACCAGCCCCAACACAGCCAGCAAGGCCCACGCACGCUUCCGCACCGUGGCCCUGAUCGCUCGCAGCCUGGGCUCCUUCACCACCGCCAAGCUCACCGGCAUGAAGUACCGGAACCUGGGGAAAUCUGGGUUGCGCGUCUCCUGUCUGGGGCUUGGCACAUGGGUAACAUUUGGAGGUCAAAUCUCCGAUGAGGUGGCAGAGCAGCUGAUGACGAUUGCCUAUGAGAGCGGCGUCAACCUGUUCGACACGGCUGAAGUCUACUCUGGUGGGAAAGCGGAGAUAAUCGUGGGAAACAUCAUCAAGAAAAAGUGCUGGAGGAGAUCCAGCUUGGUGAUCACCACGAAGCUUUACUGGGGUGGAAAAGCAGAGACAGAAAGAGGCCUCAACAGAAAACACAUCAUUGAAGGUUUAAAGGGUUCCCUCCAGAGGAUGCAACUGGAGUAUGUGGAUGUGGUUUUUGCCAACCGGCCAGACAGCAACACUCCCAUGGAGGAGAUAGUGAGAUCGAUGACACAUGUGAUCAACCAGGGGAUGUCCAUGUACUGGGGGACAUCCCGGUGGUCUGCACUGGAGAUUAUGGAAGCAUAUUCUGUGGCCAGACAGUUUAAUCUCAUUCCACCAGUGUGUGAGCAGGCAGAGUAUCACUUCUUCCAGAGGGACAAAGUGGAAACUCAGCUGCCAGAGCUCUACCAUAAGAUAGGUGUGGGUGUGGUAUCCUGGUCCCCUUUGGCCUGUGGAAUCAUCACUGGGAAGUACGAGAAUGGUGUCCCAGAAUGCUCCAGGGCCUCAAUGAAGCCAUACCAGUGGUUGAGAGAGAAAAUAAUGAGUGAAGAUGGGAGGAAACAACAAGCCAAGCUAAAGGAACUGACUCAUAUCGCGAAGAAGCUCGGGUGUACUUUGCCGCAGAUAGCCAUCGCCUGGUGCCUGAGGAACGAGGGAGUGAGCUCAGUGUUGCUUGGAUCCUCCAAUCCAAGCCAGCUAACAGAGAACCUGGGAGCCAUGCAGGUGAUUCCAAAGAUGACAGCAGGCAUUGCCUCAGAAGUGGACCAUAUACUGGGAAAUCGUCCUCACAGCAAAAAGGACUACCAACAUUAGGAUGGACACUGUUUUCGUGAACUAUGCUCCAAAAGCUUAUCCGAGCUCACUUCUCACAGCCAUGGCACCAGAAGUGUGUGCCCAACUUGUGCUUGUGUACGCCGUAUGACUGUAUGUGUGACUGCAUAAGGUGUUCUGCUUGGCUCCUUGUCUGUAUGAGGAUCAGUACUCAUUGUUGUAAAGUGAGCUACUUGACGACACAUGCAUGCUACAGCGACAGCAGCCGGCCACUGGACUGAACAACAGUUAGAAGAUCCAAGGAGAUUAUUUCAGCAGAGGAAAUUAUCUUCUGCUCCAACAAACUGCUGAACCACAAAUUCAAAGGAUCAUAAGAUUAGAUUAAUGGUGAAAUAGAUUACUGCUAAUGCUCAAGCUGAUUGAGAGCUUGCAUGUGCCAGUUACCGAGCAGUCAUGAUAUUCUGAAUGAGGGUGUUGUUAAACCAAGAAAAGAAAAUGUAAAAGGCAUUUAUUGUCCACAGAGUAUCACACAAACUCAUGGUCGUGCAGUAAAUACAUGAAAAAUAGAUGGUGUAUCAAAAUGUACCCAAUGUUACAGAAAUCUACUUAACUAGAUGUUUGUGAUGUGAAGUAAAAAACAAAAUCAAU